AUGCUAGAUCGUGUCAUCGCUACGUGCGGCAUGAUGAUUGCGUCGUAUGAAAAAUACAAGCCAUCAACAACACCACCACCGACGCAAGUCGAGACCCUAGCCGCCAUUGAAGAGGAGGAGAUCACCGUCCAACCUGUAGCAACCGCACUACCACCGCUGCAAGCUGAAGCUCAAGCAGAGUUGAUAAAGGACAAGGAAGAAGACGUUGAUGUCGUUGAAGUCGCACCGCCUACACCGCCGACGUUGUCCGUCCCUCCUGCCGUCUCGACGAGUGUCUCCAAAUCAAUCAGUAUAACAAUCCCAAGUAAUUACAGUCAAGAUCCUAACACAUGGAACUAG